GAAAACGAUACCGGUAAUAGCCGGCAAGUUGAACCCCCAGUGGUUUUGGGGGUGAGAAGAGCAGACGGGCGGCGUGGAAAGCUCCUUCAGUCGGCGCCAGUAAACCCUAGAGUUGCUGCUCAUUUGAUCGAGGUCCCCUUGGAUCCUUUCGAUCGAUUCCUCACCUUGCUGGGCUCUCGAUCUCUUCCCCUCCUUCAGCAAUGGCCAGAAACCUGAGGCAUCUAGGGUUUCUGGCUCUGAUAUGUGCGUCUCUGUCCAUCUCCGGGGCUGCCGUCAUUCGGCCGAUCAAUGAUGCCCACCGAUCCGCUGCAUUGGAGAUCUUCGUGCCGACCGAUGGAUCGUUCGGAAGUUUAGAAGAAGCGUAUGAGGCAUUAAGAACAUUCCAAAUUCUUGGAGUAGAAAAGAGCCCUGAAAUAAGUCAUGCAACAUGUCCAGUUGUUGUAGAAAAACUUGGAUCAUCGUCUUUUAUACCCAAGGACUUAUUUCAUGCACUAAGGGUCAAUAGCAUCUUGGGAUGCCAGAUUGAUUCCAGAACCUUUGAGGAUGUUGCAUCAAAACUUCAAGCUGUGAUAAAGGAUGCAAAUUCAUUACUUGACUUUCACUAUGCUGUUGGAGGCUUGCUUCAUAUCAAGGAUUAUGGUAUUAAUGUUGCUUUGCUGGAUACUGAUGGUACAUUUCAUUCCAUAAAGGCACUCAGUCAAAGUGAUGGCAGAUGGCGCUAUGAUUCCAAUAGUGCUGAAUCUAGUACUUACGCCGCUGGGAUAGCGCUUGAAACACUUGCUGGAGUUGUUUCAUUGGCAGAUAAAGAGGUGGAUCAAUCUAAGAUAGGAAUUGUAGAACAUGACAUUGUUAAACUGUUUGAUAGCAUCAAAAGUUAUGCUUGGCUUAAUGUAGAUGAUGACACCUUGUACUUUGAUGAGAAGCAUAUUGAUGCUAGUGAAUAUAAGGGCCCUCUUACAACUUCAGCUUCAGUAGUACGGGGUGUUACUGCAUUUGCAGAAGUUGCUUCUGGUAGGCUAAAUAUUCCAAGUGAUAAAAUGUUAGGAUUGGCAAAGUUCUUUCUCAGCAUAGGAAUUCCUGGUAGCACCAAAGACUUGUUCAACCAGAUAGAAUCCUUAUCAUGCUUGGAAAACAAUAGGGUCUCGAUUCCACUGAUUCUUUCACUUCCAUCUAUGGUAUUUUCAUUAACCACAAGGGACCAACUCAAGGUUGAGGUGACUACCGUUUUAGGUUCUGCAGCACCACCACUGACAGUGAGUCUGGUGCAAGCUUUUCGUUCUGAUUCAAAAGACACCCCUGUCAUGGAAAACCAGGAGCUCCAGUUUGACUCAGAAAACACCAUCCAUUACUUGGAUAUCAUACCGCUGAAAUUAGAUGUUGGAAAGUACAAAUUAAUGUUUGAGAUCUCACUUCAUGACCCUGAGAAUAUUAAUACAUAUGCUACUGGAGGACACACUAGUGUGAUGGCAUUUAUCACGGGAUCUAUCAAAAUUGACAAGGCAGAAAUUGGAAUUUUUGAUAGUGAUCCUGGAAAUUCGGAGACAUUGCAAAAAUUAGAUUUAUCAAGAGACAGCACACUUUCACUAGCAGCAAACCAUCUACAGAAGUUACACCUGUCUUUCCAUCUAACCACUCCUCUUGGGCACCAUUUUAAGCCACACCAGGUGUUUCUCAAACUGAGACAUGAAACCAAUGUUGAGCAUAUCUUUGUAAUGGAGAGUUCUGCAAGACAGUUUAAAAUAGUUUUGGACUUCCUUGGUCUGGUGGAAAAAAUUUAUUAUCUUUCUGGAAAAUAUGAAAUUGAACUUACAGUUGGUGAUGCAGCAAUGGAGAAUUCUUUUCUACAAGCCCUUGGUCAUAUUGAGUUAGAUUUACCAGAACCACCAGAAAAGGCAGCACGUCCUCCUCCGCUUCCUGUCGACCCAUACUCAAGAUUUGGACCGAAACAAGAGAUAGCUCACAUCUUCCGGUCAGCAGAGAGGAGACCACCAAAGGAGCUCUCUCUUGCAUUUUUGGCUCUUACUUUUCUUCCAUUUGUAGGAUUUUUGAUAGGGCUGAUGCGCUUAGGAGUAAACCUGAAGAGCUUCCCUUCCUCGGCAGUACCAGCUGCAUUCUCCACUCUCUUUCAUGCUGGCAUUGCAGCUGCAUUGUUACUUUAUGUGCUUUUCUGGCUGAAGUUGGAUCUCUUCACUACUUUGAAGGUUCUUGGGUUCCUUGGAGUUUUUCUGGUCUUUGUGGGUCAUAGGACCCUUUCCCACCACGCUUCAGCAACAGCUAAGCUCAAGUCCUCUUAAGUGGAUUUUGAGAAUCUCCAGCGUUAUUUCAAUUUUGUAGGCUUUUCAAGCACUGGGAGACUUUGAUCAGGGAUUCCUUUUUGUGUGCCAAGAGAAGCUAGCAGUUUAUGCAUCUAACAUGGCUGUUGUAAAUGUUCCCAUUUAGCAUAUCCCACUGUUUCGAGGGACAUGAGUUAUGAGAUGUUUUUUAUUAUGAGUGUUGAUACGGAAUCAUUGGCGGGCUAUUGGGAUCGGCUAUGCCUGUUUAGAUGGACAAGGAGAAAGACCAUCAUCUUUUUAUUGGGCUCAAAGUUUAGUGUGUCACCGAUGCUUUUUUAUAUUGAAAAUGUUGUAGUUCGCUAUCCAACUAGAUAAUGUGACAGAAAAUGUGCAACGUCUGUUGUACAAAGUUGUUUUUGUUAUUCCAAAUUUUGGUGGAAAUUCAGAAGCAUGGCAUGUAUGUUAGAACAUUUGUUUGUUGAUCAGGUGCUGGCAUAACAAGCAUCUCCAGCUAUUAGAGAGAGAUUGCUCUAUUUCAUA